AUGAAAUUGGUUCUCUCUUCUCUUAAGAAUCAGCUAACCUUAACUAAGUUAAGUUAAUAUAUUUAAUUUUUAAACCUAAUAUAGUUUAAGUAAAUCUAAUUUGUUCUAAUAUUUUUUAAAUUUGUUUGUAUCUACUCAUUGAUUACCCAUCGAUAGCUAGAUAUGCAGCUAGAACCCGGCCAAUCGAUACUAUCGCAUGUAUCGGCCAGCACUAAUAUCAAAAGAAAACACAGAACGUACACAAUUGCGAGCAAUUUUGCAGCUACUCAGUGCCACGACUGCCGAUCCGAUUAGGCUAAUCCAUCGGGCUCAUCCUCCUCCUCCUCCUCCACCUCCUUCGCCGCAGCUGACGCGGCCACGUCCGCGUUCGCGUUCGCGUUCUUAAUUGGAGUCGGCCGAACGAGCGGCGAGCAGCGUGAAAUUAGCGAAGCAGCAGCAGCACUCGUACCCGCCCCCACAUAAUUUGUGUGCGUUCCUCCGCCCCGCUGGAGUGGAGAGGUGUGGAGUGUCCCCGACCCCGGCCACGACCAUGUCAGUGGAUCGCCUCAGUUGUCGCUGGCCAGACCGGAGUUAAGCUUGACUUGUCGGCCGCCUUGCAUCCCAGCCUCCCUCCUUCCGUCCACGGCCCCGCAUCUAACACAGCUGCUGCUGCCGCUGCUGCUGCUGCUGCUGCAGCUGUCCUCCAGUUGUUCCUGUUGGCCUUCAGGCUACCGAUUCCAGAGUCCUGCGGCGCUCACCGCGUGACACCUCCGCCGCCAUGCUGCUGGUGCGGCAGCUGUUUGGGGCCUCGGCCAAUUCGUGGGCCCGCGCCCUCAUAAUCUUCGUUUUGGCCUGGGUGGCGCUGGUCUAUGUGUUUGUGGUGAAGCUGACGAACACCCAGGGUCAGCAGGCGGCCGGCGAGAGUGAGCUAAAUGCCCGACGCAUCUCACAGGCGCUCCAGCUGUUGGAGCAUACGCGUCAGCGCAACGAGGAGCUCAAACAGCUAAUCGACGAGCUGAUGAGUGACCAACUGGACAAGCAGAGCGCUUUGAAACUGGUGCAGAGGCUGGAGAACGAUGCUCUCAACCCGAAAAUGGCAGCGGAUGCUGUCGGUCCGGAGCCAGAGGCCAUGUUCGAAUCGGCGCCCGCCGAUCUUCGCGGUUGGAAUAAUGUGGCCGAGGCAGUGGCAGCUGGCAACGAUCUGAUGGAGGCUGAACAUGGCGAGUUUGGUGGCAUCGGCGGUGAGCCCAGCCUGGAGUACGAGUUCACGCGCCGUCGCAUCCAGACAAACAUUGGUGAGAUCUGGAAUUUCUUCAGCAGCGAACUGGGCAAAGUGCGCAAGGCAGUGGCCGGCGGUCAUGCAAAUGCCGCGGAUCUGGAGGAGUCCAUCAAUCAGGUGCUGCUGCAGGGAGCCGAGCACAAGCGAUCGCUGCUAAGCGAUAUGGAGCGGAUGCGUCAGUCCGAUGGCUACGAGGCCUGGCGUCACAAGGAGGCGCGCGACCUUAGUGAUCUGGUGCAGCGCCGUUUGCAUCAUCUACAGAAUCCCAGUGACUGCCAGAAUGCACGAAAGCUAGUCUGCAAGCUCAACAAGGGCUGUGGCUACGGCUGUCAGCUGCACCAUGUGGUAUACUGCUUCAUUGUGGCCUAUGCCACAGAGCGCACGCUUAUCCUAAAGUCACGCGGCUGGCGAUAUCACAAAGGCGGUUGGGAGGAGGUAUUCCAGCCGGUGUCCAACAGCUGCCACGACGCCGGCACGGCCAAUACAUACAAUUGGCCUGGUAAGCCCAACACCCAGGUGCUGGUGCUGCCCAUUAUUGACUCGCUGAUGCCGAGACCCCCGUACCUGCCGCUCGCUGUUCCCGAGGAUCUGGCGCCGCGCCUCAAGCGUCUCCACGGUGAUCCCAUCGUCUGGUGGGUGGGACAGUUUCUCAAGUAUUUGCUGCGGCCACAGGCGCCAACGCGUGAUUUCCUCGUCGCGGGAAUGCGUAACCUGGGAUGGGAGCGUCCCAUUGUGGGGGUCCAUGUGCGUCGAACGGACAAAGUGGGAACAGAGGCGGCCUGCCACAGCGUCGAGGAGUAUAUGACCCAUGUGGAGGACUACUAUCGCACGCUGGAAGUGAACGGCAGCAGCGUGGUUCGGCGCAUCUUCCUCGCCUCGGACGAUGCGCAGGUGAUUGAAGAGGCACGUCGAAAGUAUCCGCAAUACCAUAUCAUCGGCGAUCCGGAGGUGGCACGCAUGGCGUCCGUGUCCACGCGAUACACUGACACCGCGCUGAAUGGCAUCAUUCUGGACAUCCAUUUGCUGUCGAUGUCCGACCAUCUUGUGUGCACAUUCUCGUCGCAGGUCUGUCGUGUCGCCUAUGAGAUUAUGCAAACGCUGUACCCGGAUGCAGCGUACCGCUUCAAGUCGCUGGACGACAUCUAUUACUAUGGCGGCCAGAAUGCGCACAAUCGUCGCGUCGUCAUUGCACACAAGCCGCGUACGCACGAGGACCUGCAACUGCGGGUCGGAGACCUCGUCUCGGUGGCUGGCAACCAUUGGGACGGCAACUCCAAGGGGAAGAAUACCCGCACCAAUCAGGGCGGCCUGUUCCCAUCGUUUAAGGUGGAGGAGAAGGUCGACACCGCCAAGCUGCCGCUCUAUGCGGGCGUUUAGUCGCAACCAGAACGCCAUGUUGUUGGUUGAUCGAAUCUGUGAAUCUCUUAUGCCGCAUUCCACCCGGAAUCAUACCUGGUGCCCUUCGGUCGUACUCGAAUUCGGAGCCAUUGUCUCCAGAAUCUCAAUUUGAUAUCUCGCUCUCUCUUACCUUAAUGUCCUCGGAAUGUCCACAAAGUUCCGACGUCUUCUUCGAUCUUCGUGUUUAGUAUUUCUGUAUUUGUCUUCGUAUUUCGUAUUUCGUAUUUCGUAUUUUAUUGUCUGGCUUCUGAUCUUAUGGGUUCGGUGGCCGGAUUUGUACAAGUCCUUUUAUUAAUUAGUAAGUUGAAAGCCGAAGAAAUUAUGUUGACAAGAAUAUACAUAAAUAUAUAUAUAAAUAUAUAUAUAUUUAAAUAAAUUAAAUAUAGGAGUGCAUGUAGGUUCACUAAGCGCAAUAUAGUCUAUCAUCACGUGUAAAAUAGUUGAAAAAGAAAAGAUGAAUGCAAGAAAAAAGAGAAAUUAAAACAUAAUCUCAUUUAACUCAAGCUUCAAUAGCAAAAAUGAUUACAAAAAUAAAAAU